UGUCCCCGCGCGGGUCCAGUUCCGCUUCCGACGGCUUUGCUGUUGUAGCGCUGAGGGUUGCCAUGGGCAAGUCGGAUUUUCUGAGCCCCAAGGCCAUCGCCAAUAGAAUUAAGUCCAAAGGACUCCAAAAGCUUCGCUGGUACUGCCAGAUGUGCCAAAAGCAGUGCCGCGACGAGAAUGGCUUCAAGUGUCACUGUAUGUCUGAAUCUCAUCAACGACAACUGUUGCUGGCUUCAGAAAAUCCUCAGCAGUUUAUGGAUUAUUUUUCAGAGGAAUUCCGAAAUGACUUUCUGGAGCUUCUGAGGCGACGCUUUGGCACUAAGAGAGUCCACAACAACAUUGUGUACAAUGAGUACAUCAGCCACCGGGAGCACAUCCACAUGAACGCCACUCAGUGGGAAACGCUGACGGACUUUACCAAGUGGCUGGGCAGAGAGGGCUUGUGUAAAGUGGACGAGACACCAAAAGGCUGGUACCUUCAGUACAUAGACAGAGACCCGGAAACUAUCCGUCGGCAACUGGAAUUAGAAAAGAAGAAGAAGCAGGAUCUUGACGAUGAAGAAAAGACCGCCAAAUUCAUUGAGGAGCAGGUAAGAAGAGGCCUGGAAGGGAAAGAGCAGGAGACACCUGUUUUUACAGAAUUAAGCCGAGAAAAUGACGAAGAAAAAGUUACGUUCAAUCUGAAUAAAGGAGCCGGCAGCUCAGCGGGAGCUACAACGUCCAAGGCAGGCUCCCUGGGACCAAGUGCGCUGAAGACGCUGGGGAGUGCGGCAUCCGUGAAGCGGAAGGAGUCUUCCCAGGGCUCAGCUCAGCCUGCGAAGAAGAAGAAGAAGUCCGCCCUGGAUGAGAUUAUGGAGAUUGAAGAGGAAAAGAAAAGGACCUCGAGGACAGACUCCUGGUUACAGCCUGGGAUCAUUGUGAAAAUUAUCACGAAGAAGCUUGGGGAGAAAUAUCACAAGAGAAAAGGGGUUGUUAAGGAAGUGAUUGACAGGUACACAGCUGUGGUAAAGAUGACUGACUCUGGAGACAGGCUGAAACUGGACCAGACUCAUUUAGAGACAGUCAUUCCAGCCCCAGGGAAAAGGGUUCUAGUUUUAAACGGAGGCUACAGAGGAAAUGAAGGCACCCUGGAAUCCAUCAAUGAGAAGACUUUUUCAGCCACAAUCGUCAUUGAAACUGGACCUUUGAAAGGACGCAGAGUUGAAGGUAUUCAAUAUGAAGACAUAUCUAAACUUGCUUAAGUUUGAAAAUUUGUUAACAACACAUUGAAAUUGUAAAGCAUCAAAUUGAUGUUAGCCAAGGCACUGUGUAACUCUACUGUGUUAGGGGGUUUGUUUUGUAUUAAAAAAAUCAUCUAUUUAAAUACUACUGAAUAGUUGUUUGGGUAAAUUUAUAAUAAAAUCUUAUGUUUUUUUUUUAA